AGGCGCGGCCCAAGACCCGUGCGCCCCGAGGACCCGCGCCCAUCCUUGACCUUGGCCACGGGGGGAGGGGAUGGGCCUGCAGGGCGGCGGCCGCCAGAGGGGGCAGCGGCUGAGAACUUGCUCAACUCGGCGCCGCCUUCUUCUGCCUCCUCCCCGUCCGCCCCGCCCCGUCCCACCCGGCCCCGCAGCCCCGCGCGUUCGCUGUCUCGCAGAGCCCCCGCCGCGGGGAUGGGCGCGCUGCUCCGAGCGCUCCUGCUCCCGCUGUUGGCGCAGUGGCUCUUGCGCGCAGCCCCCGCGCUGGCCCCAGCGCCCUUCACGCUACCCCUCCAGGUGGCCGCAGCCACGAGCCGCGGAUCCUCGGCCGUUCCCGGGCUCGGGACCCCUGAGAUGCCCCGUGCAGAUGGCCUGGCGCUAGCGCUGGAGCCCGCUGGGGCUGCCGCCAACUUCUUGGCUAUGGUGGACAACCUGCAGGGGGACUCUGGCCGCGGCUACUACCUGGAGAUGCUGAUCGGGACCCCGCCGCAGAAGCUACAGAUUCUUGUGGACACUGGAAGCAGUAACUUCGCUGUGGCAGGUGCCCCACAUUCCUACAUAGACUCCUACUUUGACUCAGAGAGAUCCAGCACAUAUCACCCCAAGGGCUUUGAUGUCACUGUGAAGUACACACAGGGAAGCUGGACUGGCUUUGUUGGUGAGGACAUUGUUACCAUCCCAAAAGGCUUCAACAGCUCUUUCCUGGUCAACAUUGCCACUAUUUUGGAGUCUGAGAAUUUCUUUUUGCCUGGGAUUAAAUGGAAUGGAAUUCUUGGACUUGCUUAUGCUGCCCUGGCCAAGCCAUCAAGCUCUCUGGAGACCUUCUUUGAUUCCCUGGUGGCCCAAGCAAAGAUUCCAGACAUUUUCUCCAUGCAGAUGUGUGGGGCUGGAUUGCCAGUAGCCGGAUCUGGUACCAACGGAGGUAGUCUUGUCCUAGGUGGGAUCGAACCAAGUUUGUAUAAAGGAGACAUCUGGUAUACCCCAAUUAAAGAGGAGUGGUACUAUCAGAUAGAGAUCCUGAAAUUGGAAAUUGGAGGCCAGAGCCUCAACCUGGACUGCAGAGAGUAUAAUGCAGACAAGGCCAUUGUGGACAGCGGCACCACGCUCCUGCGCCUGCCCCAGAAGGUGUUCGAUGCGGUGGUGGAAGCUGUGGCACGCACGUCUCUGAUUCCAGAGUUUUCUGAUGGCUUCUGGACAGGGGCCCAGCUGGCAUGCUGGACAAAUUCUGAAACGCCGUGGGCGUAUUUCCCUAAGAUCUCUAUCUACCUGAGAGAUGAGAACUCCAGUCGCUCCUUCCGAAUCACCAUUCUGCCACAGCUCUACAUUCAGCCCAUGAUGGGAGCUGGUCUCAAUUAUGAGUGUUACCGUUUUGGUAUCUCCUCUUCCACAAACGCACUGGUGAUUGGUGCCACCGUGAUGGAGGGCUUCUACGUGGUCUUUGACAGAGCUCGGAAGAGGGUGGGCUUUGCAGCGAGUCCCUGUGCAGAGAUUGCAGGUACCACAGUGUCUGAAAUUUCCGGGCCCUUUUCCACGGGAGACAUAGCCAGCAGCUGUGUCCCAGCACCGGCUCUGAAUGAGCCCAUCUUGUGGAUUGUGUCCUAUGCCCUGAUGAGCGUGUGUGGAGUCAUCCUCCUGGUUCUGAUCCUCCUGCUGCUGCUCCCAGUGCACUGCCGACAUGCUCCCCGUGACCCUGAGGUCGUCAAUGAUGAGUCCUCACUGGUCAGACAUCGCUGGAAAUGAAGAACCUCUCUGAACUCCAGCAGCCUUGAACUCAGCUCUUCCAAGAGGGACAUGUCCAGUCGGCUUCUCUGUCCGUCCGUCUGGAAUCUCGGCUGUGCAUCUCAAUGCCUUCCAGACUCACUGUAUCUUGAUUACUCUUGAUUUCCAAGCUUCCAAAUCUUUUCUACUUCGGAGGGAAAUGAUAAUAAAAACACCUCAUUGUGAACCAAAA